AUGAUCUUUCCUAAAACACAUAAACCAAAAGCCAAAAGUUUUGGAAUUAUGCCAAAAGAAUUUUACGAUGAUCAAGUUUCACAGCUGAUUUCUCAUGAUAAAUUCCCUACUGAAGAAGUUAAUAAGCCCAGCAAGAGAAGGGUCAGUAGUUACAUUGGCAUCUAUAACGUACAAUUAUGCCCAAAUAAAGCAAUUACAAAAAGCAAAAGCACUAAAUCUCUCUUAAUUAUUAAAAAAAGGGCAUUUUUCUCAUUAAAUAUGAUUUUAUUAAAAAAUAAUUAAUAAAAUUGAUUGUAGUAAGAAUUUAAAUAAAGAAAUCAUAAUAAAGACAAUUGAAAAUCCGACUCAGACAUUAGGAAGAGUUACAACAGCAUCCACAAAAACAGGAACUAUUGCCCCAUCCACAUUUAACACUUUUAGAAUGCCAGAAGAAGCUAAAUCAAAAUCUAGUGAAUUAAAGCUUAAAAGACUUAAAGAUAUAAAAAGCGCAAUUUUAAGGACAAAAAGUGACCAGCUAGAAAUCAUCAGAGACAUUGCUACAUAUGAAAACUAUUUGUGUGAUGAAAUUGACUUCAUUACCAAAAUUUCAAGGAUAAAUCAACAAUUGCAGCAUCUACCUGAAGCCUAUGAAAAACAGAAAAAAAUAGAUGAAAAAUAUACUGAAAUUACAGAUAUUUUUAAAGAAAAACUAAAAAAUUUUCUGGUUGAUUUAGAUCAUGAAAAGUCUCAUUUUUCAAAACCUUUUGUUAAUGAAAAAUAUUGCCAAUAAGAUUAAUUUAUUAUUGUUAAUGCAAAAAGGAUAUAUAGUUUUUUUAUAGAUAAGGAAAUAUAUCUUUUUAUUUUAUUGUUCUUUUUUAUUUUUUAAUAGUAUAUGCCAUUCGUCCAAUUGAGACAAUUCGACAUAUGAAGCUGAUUUUUGCUUGUCCUGCAAAAAUCUCAGGAAUUUAUGGUGUUCUCAAAGUUUUCGGCAAUGGAUUAUAUAAUAAAUUUUCCAUUACGUUUUUGCGUGACUCUGAGUUUUGUUUAGAGCUAAAGCUGACACAUGACUUGAUAGAGCUGGAUAAAACUCUUUCAUCAAAGCCUACAGUAGAAAAAUUUAAAAAAUUGAUAUUGCCUCAUUUAUUCCUUUUCUUUAAUAUGCAUAAAAAUGGUCGGUUAUGAUUGACCACCUUUCCUGUGACGGGUGCCCUUAUGGAUAUCAGACAUGGUUUUGGUGUAUAGCUGCCCAAGGAUUGGGUUAGCCUUGAAGCGAGAGGUCCAGCACUAUUUCCGCUAAUUAGUCAGUUUUUUUGCAUCUUUUUGCCAGAAGCACCGAGGCCCAGAAAGGGUGUCCGAUAGAAGCAGGGCGACUUACCUGCUUAAGCUGCUUUGUGGUCUGUCUCGAAUCUGCGAAAGCACCUAGAGUUUUUUUUCUCAGAGAUAAUCCGAUGAAAAUAGGGAAGACAGGCUAGACAAAGAAACCCAGGGCUAGUUACUCCAGUUGAAAGGGUCCCGAAAAAGGGACAGUCUGGCCUAAGCAACGAGGUUAGGUAAUUUUGGCGCUUGGGUUGGAAAUAGAGGUUCCUGUCAAAAUCUGUUUUUUCCAGAUUAGGAUGAAAAAUGCCUCUACAAGAAACCGCAGUUUCGACCUGGGCUCAAGUUAUCUUGAGGGAGCCCACCGCAGGCGUUCACCACAGAACGCACGGCGUUUCAAGAAGUCGGACUAUAAAUACCCAGCGUUAAUCAAUUUAAUUCCUUUUCUCUCUAUAAUUUUUCAUAUAAUUUUCCUAUAAAAAAUUUUAAUUAUUUUUUCAUUCAAUAGGUAUAUAUAUAAUUUUGCGUCGGCAAAAUUACCAACUGCUAUGAGACCAAUUUCACUCUAAAGAAUUUUUAGUAUCAAUAAUAAGCAUCAAAGGGAAAAAAGGCCCUCUGAUGAUCCGAAUUGACCAAAGCGAGCCUGAUAAAGUUGAUCUUGCCUUUACCAACCCAAAUUUUUCUUUACAAGUAGACCUCACCCAGAUAACAAAAAAGAAAAAUCUUUUCUUGACCCCUCACAAGCAGCUUUUUAAGAAGCUUACAUCUCAUAUUGUUUAUAAAGAAGAAACAGGGAUCUUUAAAUGAUACAAGAAUGCUUCCUUAUUUUUUACUGAAAAAGAAGAAAAUUCGAAAUUUUUAGACAUGGAAUAUGUCCAUCAACACUUAGGUGUGGUUCCAUAUACGUUUGAAACAGAAAUUACGACAAAAAUAGACGAAAUUGAAUUUAAAAUUAUUAUUUUGUCAUAUAAAGACUAUGAAAAAGCUGAAAUUCAUAGAGGGGAAGAUGUUAAAGAAAUUCUGUUUGAUUCACAGGAUUAUAGGUUUAUUAAGGAUUUGCAAGGGUCGAGGUUAUCAACAAAUAUUGUAACGAUAUCGAAAAGUAUUGAGUUUAAGAAGACGAUGAAAAAGCUUUUUAAUGUAUUUGAAACUUAA